UCACGUUUACUAUCGGAUGACGAAAUUUACGUCACUCGGAUCCCGGACUCGCAGAACGGCGCGCGCCAAGUUCAAGCUUUCUUCCCGCCUUAGAGAGCGCAUCAGGCAUUUCUUUCACCAUCAAACAUCGGAAAGAAAACAGAAGAAACAUGCCGAAGAUUUCGAAGAGAGAGUGGAAAGAAACUUUGACUGACAUCCUGGAGGAGCUCGACAAAUCACAGUUUGCUAAGAUGCUGGAGUUGCUGAGAAAGAUUCCCAGAAGCCAGAAAACUCCCAAGUUUAAGGACAAGAUGCCCCAAAAAAUUAUUGAGUACUACGGAGAAGAGAAAUCCAUCUCUGCAAUUAAUCGUGUGAUGAAUAAGAUCCCACGGAGAGACGCUGCUGUCCAGGACCGGCUGCAGCCUUUUGUGGCCAAAGUAACAAAGAAGAAACUAAAAGAGAAGAAAGCCUUGAAGUGGACACAUGCAUGUGAUGCAGUAAUGGAGGGAAGUGCAGCAAAUCCAAAGAAGAUCUUCCAACCCGACAAGGGGCGGGACAACCACCACUGUCCUUCGACCAUCACUGAGAGAAACACUCAUGAGCCAUGGGAAAGAACCAUCAGUGACGUCAAAUCCAGCAAACAAAUUCUCGAUUCAGAAGUAAUUAUUGGGAAAGUUCUUCAGAAAUCUGGGCUCUGCACAUAUGAAACCACUGAUAAGGUGGAGAAGCCAUACUUUAACCUGGCAGUUGCUGAUGAGACAGGCAGCAUUAAAGUGGUGGUUUAUGGAAAUAAGCUCUACUCAGAAAUCAAGGAAGAUAGGUGCUAUCGGUUCAGUAAGCUACAAAAAGGUGAGAAUGUUUUAAAGACUACCUUCUUGAGCAAUGUGUGUGAGACGAAAACUGUGGAAGUCCCCGCAGAGAUUGAGAAGAUUGCUAGGACCCUGUUAUGUUCUGAGAGCCCGCUGUGCUCCAUCGCAGAAGUCAAAAUGUCUGCAGAGUCGUCCAAAGUGAGCAUCAGAGGAACCGUUACAGAGAUUCAUCCUCUCGAAAAGAUUACUGUGAUGAAACAGAGGAAGACCAAGAAGCAAGUUUUCCAACUAACAGAUGACAACGAUUCCAUCAUCGUCUGGGUGUGGGGUGAGAACACCCAGCAAUGCAAUGGAUUAUUAGUUGGAGACGUCAUUAUGGUGACCAACGUGAAGACCAACCACUUCCGUGGAGUUGUAUCACUUAAGACUACUGGAUUCACCAGAAUUCUUAAGGUCCGCAGUGCCAACUUCCAGAAGGGGAGAAUUGAAAUUAAAGGAAUAUCUAAAGCCAAUAAGAAACAGACUUACCUGGAGGCAGAGUUCAAUCAGAGGCUGCAGAUGUUUGUUGUGGCUUCUCAGCUUCUGGCAAAGGCGUUUGGUGUUAAACUGGAUGAAAAUUUCAAACAAAGGCUCGUGGAUAAAAUGCCGCUCUCAGCAGUGGCACAGAUACAAGGAAAUAAGAUACAUACAAUAAGAAAUAAUACCUGGAAUGAUUAAAGAGCAGAUUAGAAAAAGGCAAAGUUUUAAUUGCGCAAAAUAUUAGAAAUAAUUCUGAAAAAUUUCAGAAUUAUUUCAACUGAUUCAUAAGACUAGGAGUCAGACCAUUUACAAUCAAAAUCAAAUAAUAAAGGAACAGACUGAGCAUAAUCUGUCAUUAUAUGCUGAUGAUAUAAUUUUGUUUAUUACUGUGAUGGUCACAGUUCUGAAGUAAAUGACACAUACUGUAGUCUUUCAUAUAUCAUACGCAUGUUUAUGCAGCAUUUGUUGAAAAUACAUUCUGCUUGGAUGUUCAUUCAACAUUUUCCAUACUGUUAAAUUACUUUCUCUUAUGUUUCAUUCAUUUCUGUUUCUUGCUUUGACUGCUGAGGUUGUUUGAAUCAAUAAAUAAACAAAGUACUUUAAGGCUAGUUUGUCUGUAGCAUGUCAUAAACUCAUGGGUAGAAUCCAGAAUUAAGUUUAAAUAUGUGAUGUCAUUUGAUUCUUGAGUUCAGCAUUUGGUGAUUUUUGUAUUUGAUUGUUAAACAGUUGGUUUUGUUUGUUUGUUUUUUAGUGUUUCCUGUUUGGUCUUUAAGUUUCUCUUUGUGCCUGAUUAUGUCUGGUUUGCUUUAAGCAAUUACUUUUACAUU